AUGUUUGGAGUCUCUCCUCCCUGUCGCUCGGAACUGCUAGGCUCUGUACAAAGCCAAAGAGAAGCGAGUUGCGGCAAUGCUUCAAUGAAUGAAGUUCACUUGUCUCUGACGGGCCUCCACUCGUUGCCAAGGCUGGCUCUUUUUAAUGAUGACGCAGUACAGGAUGCAUUUCUCGAAGAAGCCUUGACAAUGAUCAGGGCUAUAUUGCAACUCUUAGUCGCUAUCUAA